CAUGUGGGGACACAGCAGCAAGAUGCCGUGUAUGAAAAUACAGCACCCUCACCAGACACUGAAUCUACCAGCACUUGAUCCUGGACUUCCCAGCCUUUAGGACUAUAAGCAAGACUCAAAACCACCAGGACUCCUGGAGAUCCACCAGCUACAUGAAGAAUGGGACAGAAUUCCCGAUCCGCUGCAGUUCAGGGGAAGGUCAAAAGCUUCCUGAGUCAGGACGUGGUGACUGUGAGUGGGGCCUCCUUAAGCCAUCUGACCCCUGCUUGUCCUGUCCCAGGGCUCUCCUUCCCCUUCAGGGCUCCUGCCUGGGGAAGGUGCACUCUGGCCCACCCCAGAGCCUGUGAUGGGGCAAACAAGAGCUCUUAGCUAAAAGCUGCGGGUUUGCCUCUCACUUGCAUGUAGGGAAGUGACAUGGAGACUGCCCCCUGUGAAGAGCAAUAGCUCUUCUCACACAGAGAUGGCCAACUUCAUUCAUUCAUUCAUUUCUUCAUUAGUUUGUUUGUUCAUUCAUGGAGUCAACAAAUAUUGGGCGCUUAUGUGCCAAACAUUGUGCUAGGCUCUUGUGGGUACAGCAAUGAAUGCAGUGAACAAGAUAGAGUUGCUACCCUCAUAGAAUUACUAACAAGGAAGACAUGCACCAUUACCAUGUGAUGAGCGUUACAGGCGUACUAGGGGCACAGGGAUUAAAACCGUAGACGCUUUCCAGUUCUAGGCUGAGCUUGUGUGCUGGGUUGACUUGGGGCCACUGUUGUCUCUUGAGAAAGGUUGUGAUCUGCUCCAAGCUGCUGGGUUUAGAAAGAUAGAAUCAGCUGGAGACAAAAGACUUAAGGCUAAGAAAGUGAAGCCAGCAGCAGAGAGGAUAAAGAUAGACAGGAUCCGAGUCCAGACACUCUCAGAGGUAAAACAGAGACAGGUCUCUGGUGGGUGAGAGGAAGGGAGGCAGUGAGCAAAAGCCACCAGCCGGCAGCUCUGCAGUCAGGGAUGGUCAUGGGAAAAAUGGUGUUAAAGGGGGGGGAUGUGGGGCAAGGGCAGAUGGCAAGCAGUUAGGAGACAGAUAUCCGUGUCGGGAAGUAGAGUCUGCAAACGUAAGUUGCCCUGAGAAACUCAACAGGAAAGGAAAUGUGGUGGGUAGGAGGUUUGUGGGGAGAUCCAGACAGAGAGAAGCAGGGUAAGGGAAGGUGAGUGUUUUUAAAUGCUAGGAGAUGCCUGAGUAUGCUUAUAGGUGGGGGAAGAAGGCAGCAGAGAAAGGAAGACUGCACAUAAGGAAAAAAAGAGGAGAUAAGAGGGGCCUGCAGGCUCUGAGAGGGCUGCAGAGGCAACAAGCAGAAGGCAGGCUGGCUUCCCUGAGGAGGGGGCUUCCCUCUUCAUCCCAGGGAGAAGGAAGGAACUUGAGAUGCUGAGGUAUCCAGAGGGAACGGGAGAAACUUGUGCUAACGUGCACAUAUGUACCGAAUUUGCACAGUUGUAACUAAACUGGCACAAAGUAACAUGGGUCGCCUACACACACAUGCACACGCGUACCUGUAUGCACGCCUUCUAUCAGGAAUGCUGGGAAAUCACAUCACACACACAUGCACACGCGUACUGUAUGCACGCCUUCUGUCACGAAUGCUGGGAAAUCACAUCACACACACAUGCACACGUGUACAUGUAUGCACGCCUUCUAUCACGAAUGCUGGGAAAUCACAUCACACACACAUGCACACGCGUACCUGUAUGCACGCCUUCUAUCACGAAUGCUGGGAAAUCACAUCACACACACAUGCACAUGCGUACUGUAUGCACGCCUUCUAUCACGAAUGCUGGGAAAUCACAUCACACACACAUGCACACACGUACAUGUAUGCAUGCCUUCUAUCACGAAUGCUGGGAAAUCACAUCACACACACAUGCACACGCGUACUGUAUGCACGCCUUCUAUCACGAAUGCUGGGAAAUCACAUCACACACACAUGCACACGCGUACAUGUAUGCACACCUUCUAUCAGGAAUGCUGGGAAAUCACAUCACACACACAUGCACACGUGUACAUGUAUGCACGCCUUCUAUCACGAAUGCUGGGAAAUCACAUCACACACACAUGCACACGCGUACAUGUAUGCACGCCUUCUAUCAGGAAUGCUGGGAAAUCACAUCACACACACAUGCACACGCGUACCUGUAUGCACGCCUUCUAUCACGAAUGCUGGGAAAUCACAUCACACACACAUGCACACCCUGGAAACCAGGCCUGGGGCAGCCCGUGGGCUGUGGGAGGCCACUUGCAGUGUGGAGGGGAGCAAAGCCGGGGGAAUCAGUUUCAGACCCAGCACCAGAAGCCCUGGCUCCAGGCUUUCACUUGUCCUCUCACAGCCCAGCUGACUUCAGUGAAAUGACUUCAUUUCUGGUGAUUCUGUUGCCUGAAGGGUGAAUGAGGGUGAAUCAUACCCACUUUGCCAAAAACAGGGCUGGUGAGGCUCACCUGAAAGGAAAGCUUCCUUCCUGUGUCUCUUCCUCUGCAGAAAGUCCAGGCAAGGAGAUGAGUACCCAUGAGGCCCUAGACACUCCAGUUCUCCCUGACCACCUGACACACAGCACUCACCCAAAACCUGUUGCAGUAGGUCCAGGCUCUGCUGAUGCCAAAGUCUCUUCCUCCUGCCCUCUUCAUGCCCCACCCACUCCACACCCAAAAGCCUUCCCAGAGUCCCCUUCCCCAACCCAGCACCUACUCAACCAGCAGCAACCCAAACCCAAGUGAGAGUGGGGCCAGUUUGUGCCUUGUUUGCAUUCCAUUGCUGUCCUUGUUUCUCUUCUGUGACCUCUCUGGGGAUGCUUUGUUGGGUACAGCUAGGCUAUCCUGGAGAAAUCUCUAGUCGGCCUUGGAAAAGGCAAAGAAAGACGGAGCACGUGCUACUGGCAGCUUCUGAGCCUUCCCACCUGUCUCUCCCUCCUCCAACCUCAGAGCCCUCUGCCCUGCCCUGAACCUUUGCCUACGUUCCCUGGUUGUUUGGGUCACUGGGUCUCUGAGGCCACAGGUCUCCAAGAGUUUCUGAUCUUUCCUUUAGAAAUUUCUACUUGCCGGGGGAGAGACUGAGCUGGGAGGCAGUAACUCUCAGUAUUACCAAAGGAAUGUCCACUACCUGAGCAUCAGCAGGACCGGAUCCUGGUAGCCCACAGAGAGGGGCAAGGAAUGCUCAGCUCUCCCCACACUCCAAAAUGCUGCUGUCACUGGGGUUGGGGUGGAGUCACCAUCCUGCCACUUCUCAAGGCACAGCCAAUGUUUGCUCUCUGCCUGUUUCGUCCAGGGAUGGGGAACAUGGCGAUAUGAGGGGGCAGGGGACUAACGAGAGGCAGGAAGUGUCACCAAGCCACGUGGUGAGGGUGGGGGAUGGCACUGUUUCUCCUCCUUACUCCUCUGCCAGUGCAUCCAUGCCAGCCACCAGUAUGGCCUCCAACCACUCAAACACUCAGAAAAAGCUCGCAGCCCGGCUGAGCCCCAUUGGCUUCUGUCAGCCUGUCUGCCUGUGCCCUUGCCCAGGGAGUCUGGUGGGGCCUUUCUCCUUGCUCCGUGAGGAGGGCUCUUGAGCAGUGGUGGGAAUGGCUUGUCUUGAA